AUGAGCAGCAGCAUCUGUGGGAAGAUGCUGCUUCAUCUCCCGGUCAUGAUUCAUCUCCCGGUCAUGCUUCAUCUCCCGGUCAUGCAGGAGGAUGCAGAGCCGGCCCGCCAGAGACGGUCCGCCAGAGACGGUCCACCAGAGACGGUCCGCCAGAGACGGUCCGCCAGAGACGGUCCACCAGAGACGGUCCGCCAGAGACGGUCCACCAGAGACGGCCCGCCAGAGACGGUCCACCAGAGACGGUCCGCCAGAGACGGUCCGCCAGAGACGGUCCACCAGAGACGGUUCACCAGAGACGGUCCACCAGAGACGGUCCGCCAGAGACGGUCCGCCAGAGACGGUCCACCAGAGACGGUCCACCAGAGACGGUCCGCCAGAGACGGUCCACCAGAGACGGUCCACCAGAGACGGUCCACCAGAGACGGUCCGCCAGAGACGGUCCGCCAGAGACGGUCCGCCAGAGACGGUCCACCAGAGACGGUCCACCAGAGACGGUCCACCAGAGACGGUCCGCCAGAGACGGUCCACCAGAGACGGUCCGCCAGAGACGGUCCACCAGAGACGGUCCGCCAGAGACGGUCCACCAGAGACGGUCCGCCAGAGACGGUCCGCCAGAGACGGUCCACCAGAGACGGUCCACCAGAGACGGUCCGCCAGAGACGGCCCACCAGAGACGGUCCGCCAGAGACGGUCCGCCAGAGACGGUCCACCAGAGACGGCCCACCAGAGACGGUCCGCCAGAGACGGUCCGCCAGAGACGGCCCACCAGAGACGGUCCACCAGAGACGGUCCACCAGAGACGGUCCGCCAGAGACGGCCCGCCAGAGCCGGCCCACCAGAGCCGGCCCACCAGAGUCGGCCCACCAGAGACGGCCCACCAGAGACGGCCCACCAGAGACGGCCCACCAGAGACGGCCCACCAGAGCCGACCCACCAGAGCCGGCCCACCAGAGCCGGCCCACCAGAGACGGCCCACCAGAGACGGCCCACCAGAGCCGGCCCACAAGAGCCGGCCCACCAGAGACGGCCCACCAGAGACGGCCCACCAGAGCCGGUCCACCAGAGACGGCCCACCAGAGCCGGCCCACCAGAGCCGGCCCACCAGAGACGGCCCACCAGAGACGGCCCACCAGAGACGGCCCACCAGAGACGGCCCACCAGAGACGGCCCACCAGAGACGGCCCACCAGAGACGGCCCACCAGAGACGGCCCACCAGAGCCGGUCCACCAGAGCCGGCCCACCAGAGACGGCCCACCAGAGCCGGCCCACCAGAGCCGGUCCACCAGAGCCGGCCCACCAGAGCCGGCCCAUUAGAGCCGGCCCACCAGAGACGGCCCACCAGAGACGGCCCACCAGAGACGGCCCACCAGAGACGGUCCACCAUAUAUGGACCACCACAGACGUACCCUCCACCUCCUUCCUGGUAUAACAGUUCCACCCGCGUCCCACAGUUGAUCCAGUGUUCCACAGUUCCAAUCUGUUCCACAAGCUCUCUCUUGCGCUGGUUUUUAAAUCAUUAUUAA